CAUCGAGCCACCGCCUCUCUCCUCGCCCGGCUCCUGUGCGAGAGGAUGUGCCAGAGCACAGCAGUGUAAGACUGGAAAGAUCUGGGCUGAAUGGACUUUAGCAUCAAAAGAAGUUCUCCUCUGUUAACUCGAAAAAUUGCUAACCACAUCAAAAUGAAGCAGGUACCAGAGAUCCUUGGAAAUGCCAAUGGGAAAACACAGAAUUGUGAAGUGAAUCGUGAGUGUUCUGUCUACUUAGGCAAAGCACAACUUUCUGCCACUCUACAGGAGGGUGUCAUGCAAAAAUAUAAUGGCCAUGAUGCCCUUCCAUUUAUUCCAGCCGAUAAAUUGAAAGAUCUAACUUCUCGUGUGUUUAAUGGUGAGUCCGGGGCACAAGAUGCCAAGCUGCACUUUGAUCCCCAGGAGAUAAAAGGAGUUGGAACACCACCCAACACUACUCCUAUCAAGAAUGGCUCUCCAGAGAUUAAGCUGAAAAUCACUAAAACCUACAUGAAUGGAAAGCCUCUUUUUGAAUCUUCCAUUUGUGGAGACAGUGGAGCAGCUGUGUCCCAGUCAGAGGAAAACGAACAAAAACCAGCAAACAAGGAGAGGAGAAAUAGAAAAAGAAGCAUAAAAUAUGACUCCUUACUUGAGCAGGGUCUUGUUGAAGCAGCAUUAGUAUCAAAGACUUCAAGCCCCUCUGAAAAGAAGACUCCUGCUAAGAAAGAUUCAACUCCAAGUACUGUGAAAGAAGACAAAAUCCAUGUGUUGAAGUACAAUAUAGGGGAUUUAGUGUGGUCUAAAGUGUCUGGUUACCCCUGGUGGCCAUGCAUGGUUUCAGCUGAUCCUCUUCUUCAUUCCUACACUAAACUAAAAGGACAAAAAAAGAGUUUUCGUCAGUAUCAUGUACAGUUUUUUGGCGAUGCCCCAGAACGAGCUUGGAUAUUUGAGAAGAGCCUUGUGUCAUUCAAAGGAGAAGAACAGUUUGAACAAUUAUGCCAGGAAAGUGCAAAACAAGCCCUCAUUAAAGCUGAGAAAAUAAAGAUGUUAAAGCCUGUUUCUGGGAAACUGCGGCCUCAGUGGGAGAUGGGCAUUAAGCAAGCCACUGAAGCACUAGGCAUGACAGUGGAAGAACGGAAAGCCAAGUUCACCUUUAUCUACAUUAGGGACAGACCUCAUCUUAAUCCUCGAGUGGCAAAGGAGGCUGGUAUUGCUGUGGAACCAUUAGAGGAAAUAGAUGAGUCAUCUUACUCGAACGAAGAAACCACUCAAAGUCUGAAAUUGAUGGAGUCUGGCAUUCCUAGCAAGAGAAGGAGGAGGACAUCAAAAUUGCUUGCGACUAAUGACACACAAGAAAGUGGUCAGUCAGGGACUAAGAAUACUACCCCCCAAAAGGCAUUUGAACAAGGAGAAGCUAAAAGAGGGAUAGGCUCUCCCAUCAGUAGAAAGAAAGCUGCAGCAUCCACUCCACGAAGCAGAAAGGGAGAUGCAGUGUCUCAGUUUUUGGUCUUUUGUCAGAAGCACAGAGAUGAGGUGGUUGCUGAACAUCCAGAUGCUUCACGUGAGGAGAUUGAAGAACUGCUUGAAUCGCAGUGGAACAUGCUUAGUGAAAAACAGAAAGCUCGCUAUAACACAAAGUUUGCCAUAGUGACCUCUCCCAAAUCUGAAGAAGACUCUGGUUCAUCAUUGAAGAAUAUUGGAGAGGCCAAACGUAAAGUGUUUCAAGACUCACCUAAAAGGAGAUCAAGAUCCAGAAGUAACUUACAUGGAAAUAAAAGAAACCAAAAAAAGAGGACAAAGGAACCUUCAGAAGAUUUUGAAGUUCAGGAAGCACCUAGGAAAAGACUCAGGAUGGAUAAACAGAAUAAUCGGAAGAGGGAGACAAGCAAUGACAAAACAGCAAAAACAAAGGUCACAGAAACCUUCUCUUCACAAAAGAACCAGUCAGCAACGAAAAAUCUGUCUGAUGCAUGUAAACCACUGAAGAAGCGAAAUCGGGCUUCAGCAGCAGAAUCUUCAACUCUUGCUUUUAGCAAGAGUUCAUCUCCUUCAGCUUCCUUAACUGAGAAUGAGAUCUCGGAUGGUCAAGGAGAUGAGCGAUCAGAGUCACCCUAUGAAAGUGCAGAUGAGACUCAGACAGAAGCAUCUAUAUCAUCCAAAAAAUCUGAGCGAGGAGCAGCAGCAAAAAAAGAAUAUGUGUGUCAGCUGUGUGAAAAACCAGGUGAUCUCCUGCUGUGUGAAGGCCUAUGCUUUGGAGCUUUUCAUGUAAGCUGCCUUGGGCUCCCUGGAAGACCAGCAGGAAAAUUCAUUUGUCGUGAAUGUACAUCAGGUGUUCACACGUGUUUUGUGUGUAAGGAGAGAAAGGCAGAUGUGAAGCGCUGUAUUGUAUCCCAGUGUGGUAAAUUCUACCAUGAGGCUUGUGUGAGAAAAUUUCAUCUUACUGUGUUUGAGAACAGAGGUUUUCGAUGUCCUUUCCACAGCUGUGUAAGCUGUCAUGUUACUAACCCCUCAAAUCCAAGAAUAUCAAAAGGCAAAAUGAUGCGGUGUAUUCGCUGUCCUGUCGCUUACCAUGCUGGAGAUGUUUGCAUUGCUGCAGGCUGUGCAGUGAUCACUUCCAACAGCAUUGUUUGUACCAAUCAUUUCACUGCCAUGAAAGGAAAAAGUCAUCAUGCGCACAUCAAUGUGAGCUGGUGCUUUGUGUGCUCAAAAGGAGGAAGCCUUUUGUGCUGUGAGUCAUGUCCUGCAGCAUUUCACCCAGACUGUUUAAAUAUUGAAAUGCCAGAUGGUAGCUGGUACUGCAAUGACUGUAGGGCUGGAAAGAAACUCCGUUUCCAGGAUAUCAUUUGGGUCAAACUUGGAAAUUACAGAUGGUGGCCUGCAGAAGUUUGCCAUCCAAAAAAUGUUCCCCCAAAUAUCCAGAAAAUGAAGCAUGAAAUUGGAGAAUUUCCAGUUUUUUUCUUUGGUUCUAAGGAUUAUUAUUGGACACAUCAAGCUCGUGUGUUUCCAUAUAUGGAAGGAGACAGAGGAAGUAGAUACCAAGGAAUUAAAGGAAUUGGGAAAGUCUUCAAAACUGCCUUGCAAGAAGCUGAAUCUCGAUUUCGAGAAAUAAAACUUCAGCGAGAAGCCAAAGAAACCCAAGAAAAUGAACGUAAACCUCCACCAUACAAACACAUAAAGGUGAACAAACCUUGUGGUAAAGUUCAGAUUUAUACUGCUGACAUUUCUGAGAUUCCCAAGUGCAACUGCAAACCCUCAGAUGAAAACCCUUGUGGUUUUGAUUCUGAGUGUCUAAACCGGAUGCUAAUGUAUGAAUGUCAUCCACAAGUUUGUCCAGCUGGAGAACGGUGCCAAAAUCAGUGCUUUACCAAACGUCAUUACCCUGAGACAAAGAUCAUCAAAACCGAUGGCAAAGGGUGGGGUCUGGUCGCUAAGAGGGACAUAAAAAAGGGAGAGUUUGUGAAUGAAUAUGUUGGUGAACUAAUUGAUGAAGAGGAGUGUAGGGCAAGAAUCAAAUAUGCGCAUGAAAAUGACAUCACUCACUUCUAUAUGCUCACUAUUGAUAAGGACCGUAUUAUUGAUGCUGGCCCCAAAGGAAACUAUUCUCGUUUUAUGAAUCACAGCUGCCAACCAAAUUGUGAGACUCUAAAAUGGACAGUGAAUGGAGACACUCGUGUAGGCCUGUUUGCUGUGUGUGAUAUUCCUGCAGGGACAGAGCUGACUUUUAACUACAACCUUGACUGUCUGGGCAAUGAAAAAACUGUCUGUAAAUGUGGUGCCCCAAACUGCAGUGGAUUUCUUGGGGAUAGACCAAAGAAUUCUUCCACUAAUUCUUCAGAGGAAAAAGGCAAAAAGACCAAAAAAAGAACUCGGAGACGUAAAACAAAAAGUGAGGGAAAGAAAGAGUCUGAAGAUGACUGUUUCCGUUGUGGGGAUGGAGGUCAACUUGUAUUGUGUGACAGGAAAUCUUGUACUAAGGCAUACCAUCUCUCCUGUCUUGACUUGGUGAAACGUCCUUUUGGAAAGUGGGAGUGUCCUUGGCACCACUGUGAUGUUUGUGGCAAGCCUUCUGUUUCUUUUUGCCACAUCUGCCCAAAUUCUUUCUGCAAGGAACAUGAAGAUGGGACAGUACUAAAUUCUACAUUAGAUGGACAGUUAUGCUGCUCUGAACAUGUUCUUGGGGUAGAUUCUGUUGAAAAUCAGAAGACUGAGAAACCCCCCCAAAAAUUGACCAAGUUGAAGCCUAAGAGAAAGCGAAGAAACAGAUGGAUGAGAGCUGAAUGCAAAUAA